UGCCUCACACAAAAUCUCAUAGCGUGCUGCCAACAUGGGGGAACAGGACUUCACGGAGAGCCAGCUUCGAUCCUCAAUAGUCUGUCACAUUCUGGUUGAUUGAUCACUUGACAUUUACAGCUUGGUACGUGAUUAGCAUCUUUUAGUUUUGUGGGUUUAAAGCAGUUCUAAACGCGCGUACAGGGACUAUUUAUUUGAAUGAUCACCCACACGGACUUAAAACAAUGGCGAGGCGUAAAAGGCGCAACCCGGUGAAUUGUUGCGCUUAAGCCCGGUCUGGACUAAACGGAACCAUUCUGUGAUACAGCAGGGAACCACAGCGGAGCGAUAUGGAAAACCCAACCGAGAACCCUACCAGGGCUGUGGAAUAUUUGAAGGAGCUUAACAAGAUCAUCGAGACCCAGCAGGAGUUGCUGGAGAGGCAGAGGGAAAGGAUCGAGGAGCUGGAGCAGCAAGUGUCCGACUUGUGCUCGGAGAACGGCUGUCUGAAGGAGCAGUACAAGCGGCACCUGGCGAACUGCAGGCUGCUGCAAGGCACCAACAGCCUGAUCACCCUGGGGGCCAUAAAGGAACAUAUCACGCAGGAAAAGAGCGUGUUGGUGUCAUGAAGAUCAGUGGCAGCAAAUCAAUACUGAUGAGUCAUAGACUGUGUGGCUUUGGUGGCUGAUAAAACCAGAGUCAUCAGAAGAGGACGUACUAUAACACUGACCUUUUUAUAAAUCUCUUUCGGCACUACA